AUGGCCCCUAACAAGAACAACAACAAGAACGACCAGCCCGAAGUCCUCGGUGCUGUGUCUAAGGGAAGCAUACGCUUCAACUCUCGGGCAGCUAGCCUGCCCGAGAAACGGGGUCAAUCCCCAGUGACUGACCAAAACUCAGUCACAAAGAAGUCCAAGGUGUACAUCGAACACCGUCGUCCUUCACCCUCGCGGUCUGGCACACCAUGUCAUCCUCUUCGAGACCCAGUCUCUGAACCAAGCCACCCUGGCCCAGAUCCUUGCCGAGGGUCAAGCUACCAACGCUCACAUGGAUGCAAUGGAAACUCGCAUGGCGCCGAAGGCGACCACGAGACCAACAAGCGCCAGAAAAAGGUGCCAAUGGCCGAGCGCCAUUGUUAUUACUGUCAGCGCAAGGGGCACUAUGCCUCUGCUUGUCCUAAGAGAGAGGAAGAUGAGAACAAGCUCCGUAGCCAGGGGGCAAAAUUUGCCCAGGAGCUCCAAGAUCCUCGGUUUUCUGCCUCAGAGCAGCGCCUUUCGGCUGCUGAGAAGAAGGCAGACGCUGUGGCUGCUGCGGCAGAUACUGAGAAGAAGAAGGCUGAGAAGAAGGUUGAGAUGAUGUGGUCUUUUAUGACCAAGGCGAGCGAGGGCGAGGAGAAGAAGACAAAUGAGGGUGAGGGUGAAACUCAAUGUGGCUCAUGGGGUCAUUAA